CACUCGCGCAUUUAGUAACGUACCCUAUUUUUUAUUUUCUUCUUCUUGUUUUCAGCAGACCAGACAAUUUAUCUAUCGACCAUGACUAAUGAUUACACCCAAGCCGAAAGUAUGAUUGCUUCCGCAACACCCACACGCGUACAAGAGGCAAUGGAAACGAUUCGACAAUGGACAAAGGACAUCAAGGGAAUGCCCGAAUUGAUUUCAGAAUCACCAAAAGCGGUCUUGAUCGAACUUUUGACAGAGCACAGACCAAGUCGGUUCCACGUGUUAUUCGACACUUAUUCUUUCGCCGACGCUAUAGCUGUCUUGACUUUAUCUAGACUCAGAUUGCCCAUCCGCGAAGAGUUCGUCGUCCUCUUGACAAACGCGAUCCGAGUUUCUGACAAUGGACUCACCGCCCAAUUCAUCUUAACUGCUAUUUCAUCCACAGAGAGUUGCUUGACAGAAGCUCCCACUAAAUUAAUUUGUACCACCACCACCACAACAACAACAACAACGAAAACAACAAACCAAGACCAACGAGUCAUUAAUUCUGCCUUGGAACACAUCAGUCACUUACAGGCAGAAGUUUAUUUCAGCUACCCCAACGAGCCAACCCUGAUGUCACCCACCUGCUCCACUCUCACUUCCAGCAGCUCCUUCUCUUCUUGGGAUGCCUCCACCACAGCCACCUCCACCUCCAUUUAUGGACAAGAUGAAUUUAAAUCCUUUGAUAUGUCCUGGUAUGACAUGCGUGCACCCUCCUUUGUCGAAACAGACUUGGAUAGCGUCCAACAAUUCAAGUCUGAUUUUAACAGCGUCAAGACCAAGAUCGAAAUUGCCUUGUGUCAUUACAGAUCGACUCCCGCGCCACAAGUCCAAGAAGCCUUAAAUUCCUUGGUUACACACUGCAAUGCGAUGCAAGACUGCUUGCUCAAGUUGGAGACUGAGUUUUUAUUUACUCAAUUGUCCCAAUUUGUUGCCACUUGCAUUGACAAAGCACACGCAUGCUUCGUGUCUCUCGGACAACUUCCAGUCAUUACAAGAGAGGAUUUGGAUACGUUGGACCAUUGGGUUUCCACCAACCUUCACUUAGUUCACUGCUUGUCCCGUCUCUUUCAACAAGAUGAAAUCUGCAAAUCACAAUUGGCAACACUCAUCCAACAAUGUGGUCAAUUGAAAAAGGGUUACAUACAUGUCAAGACUGUAUGGGAUACCGUCAGUCGUAUUAAGAGCGCGAUUGAGGAAGGAGCAGAUAUGCUUGAUAGCGUUUCCUUGACGGAUGAACAUCUCUCCCAACACGCUCAAAAGACAUUGAAGUAUCUUUGCCUUAUCCAAGAAAAGGUGUCUGCUGUCACUUACAAUGACCUGCAAACCUUGGUCAAUGACACUGCCGAUGAUAUGAAGUCUUGCUCCGACGACGAUUUGGAUGCGUUUGAAAAGCUGAAGAACACAAUGGUCCAUUCUGCUUUCGGUCAGCUCCAGGUGUUUAAACGAGAUAUGCUCGACAGUAUCUCUAUCCUGGACAAAUUUAACAGUAAGCAACAAUUGAAGGAAGAGAUUGAAAAUGCCAUGAUUUGGCUUCGAUCAUUUCGUGGUCGUUUAUUUGGAUUUGGCCUGGUGGAUACACUUUGGUGUCCGUUCAGCAAUGCGAGUAUCCGGGUUGAGGGAUUAAAUGAGCUCAAGCACGAGUUUGCCCAAUUUACGUUGACAGAUUACAACAAGAUCUGCAGCUAUUUUAUGCAACAUGGAGACAAGGGUAAAUAUUACCGACGAAGACGUAUCUUGGUGGAAAGCAAUGAGCUCAAUUACCAACAAUGGGGCGACGCUUAUUUGCAAGAAGAAUACGACUGGUUCAGUGCUUUACAUGAAUUAUGUGAAGAUGUUGGCCAUGUAAUCGGAUUUCUCUGUGAGAUUCAACAGCAGCAAGCGGAUGUGCUCAAAUUCAUUCAUCAAGUCGAGACAUUCAAGCAUAGCCUGUUGAAUUUACCAGAGAAUGGUCUCAUCGAAAGGGAGAGGGCUAUUUACAAGGACGCGUUUGCAAAGAUCAAGUGGCCAACCUGCUUGGACUACGGUCAAGUAGGUCGCGUCUUUUAUCGCUACAGUCAAACGUUGUAUAUUAAAGUAAGCGACGUCAAAAUUAAAUUUAUCGACGUUUGUAAACAAUAAAAAAAAAUUAUUUGAAAAAUCAUGCAAAAAAA